UAGUCCUUCAGUUUUUGAGAUGUUGAAAUUGUUCAGAUCGGAUUACUGAAACAUGUAGCUGCCAUACAAAUACAAUACAAAACUAAACGAAUACAUUAUAUGUACAUAUAUUUACAAUAUUAUUUUUAGUACCUACAGCAGCGGCUCUAGUGACUACACACUUGCGCACACAUCACCCAUUUAUUUAGAUCUUCAUAGCUGCACCAUCACCAACAAUGGUAGCAACAUCAACAACUUCGUUGUCCAAAUAUACCAGCAAAAGUCAGCAAAAGCGGUUUUGGUUCUGCUAUUAACUUAUUAAAUAGCAGCACAGUGAUACAAGUUAUACACGAAGUCGCCGACAUAUAGUUAAUCAGUUGAUGAACUUACAUUCAGCUUGUACGGUUGCGUAUCUGGACUCCGCACAUAUUUAUGUCUUUAAUGAACGAAUGAAAAGAUAAAUAAAAAUACCUACGGCAUAAGUGUGUUAAAAGAUGUGGCAAAGCAAUAUAUCUGUUUUUAAAUUUUUGCAAAUUUAAUACUCGAUUCUUACGAAUUUCCAUAUAACAGUAAAUUUGAAAAUUGAAGUAAUUAAUGUGCAAAAAAUAAGUAAGAAACAUAUACACAAGAGUAUAAACUUAAAAAAACAGUGUUCCUAUAAAGUAGUGGUGAAGAAAACUGGUCAAGCGCAAAAGGCUUUGAUACAACCUGUAUUAACAACGAAAGCAGUACACUGUCUUAAUAGCGAGAUAUGCUGUAUCUGCGUUGUAGAUGUGGAUCAUUGCAGAUUCGGACGCCAUUUCCGCUGCACAAGCCGAAGUUGUACAGUCAUGAAUCGCUGCAUUUCCCGAGCAAAGUAUGUCCAUCGUUAUCCAAAGCGCAAACUCGAAGCGUUUGCAGUACCAAAAUAAUAUCAGCACGAAGUAUGCUAUUGUUAAUUAUAGUUAUACUGCUGUCGGUGCCAGUAACAUUGACACAAACAGCUGCAAUAGAUGAACUGUAUAUUCAACCAACAUCAGCCCUUCAUACGGUCAAAAAAGGCAAUCUAACAGACUUGACGGCGGUUGUGCUAGUUAAUAGCGCGAAUAACGGGCGCAGUGACUAUAUAGGGUACCAUCACAAUGUUCGUCCUGAAGUUGGUUUAUUAACAUCCACUGCACGCACAUUCAUACAAGAAGGUGUAACAACGGAAUACGCCACACAAGUGGUCGGGACAACACUCGAUAGUGGACGCUUAUAUGCACAAUUCUUGAGAAAAAGUUCUCGAGUAUUAUAUAAUAAUGGCCACAAACAACAACAGACACAGCAAGCAGUUGUAUCACCAACAGUUGUCACCAGUUGGGUGGGUGAUAAUUUGCAAUUACAAUCCAAGUCCUUAUUAGAGAGUCAUAACGACCUUUUCAAUGCUGACUUACCCGAUUGGCAAGAUAUUGAUGAUCGUUUACUCAACGAUGAUGGUAAUAUUUUUGCUGGCAAUACUGAUUUUGCUCAUUUAAGUGAAUCAAGGAAUAAAAAACAACAAGAGCCUUUAAAUAACGAUGAGAAAAAAAUGAGCAAGUUGAUAAUAGCAACACUGUUAUCACAAAAUUUAACGGGCGUUGCUCGUAACAAUACGCCAAAACAUCUGUUUUCAUUGCAUACAGUUGGCAAUACAGGAAAUCAAAAUCAAGAAUUUGCACGAAUAUUAGACGUGAAUAAAGUGAUGCCCAUCGGCGACUUGGCCACAUACACUGUUCGUAAUCCCCUUUCACCAAGUGGAUUCCUUGCAGAAACCAUUAUCGAACAUUCAGAACUAAGCAACGCAGUGAAUAAUUAUAAAAACAAUGCUAACAAAUUAAGCCGUUCACCGAAACAGUACUAUCAAAAACAAAUAGAUCCUAAUGGUAGUGGCAGUUCCCUGAGAAAUGAACCGAAGCUACUCUUUAAUAGCCAAUUGUCAACAAUAACGUAUUAUGGUUUUGCUGACUUUACAACUGUUGUUGGGGAGAGUGUGAUUGUUUUUUCUCCUAGCAGCGUUACACAAAAUACUAAUUUAGGUCGUGUGACGUCAAUUAAGGGUGAGGCAACCUUAGGAGGUGUUAGCGAUAAUGAACAAGAAACAACAAUUGGUGCUAUAAAAGUCGCUAUGGAAUUUAAAGUUGAACCAACUCAACAAAUCGGCAGUUUGCCUAAUUUACAAUUAAUGGGUUUAAAUUCAAAUAUCAUACAAAGUGUAAACUUCGUUGAUAUUAGCAGCGAAAUUUCAAAAGAAGAUGCGGAGGAAAUAUUACAAACAAUAACAACUGAUGUUAAUGAUAAAGAACUAUCUUUAAAACAAAUAAAAUUAGUGACCACAUCUAACGAAAAUAUCAAAAUCUCCUAUUUUACGGACAAGUUAUCAAGUAUAAGUGAUAAUAUGCUUGGUUCAACGACUGCAUAUUCCCAUCCUUCAGACGAUGAAGUUGCAGAAAUAUAUGCGUCACUUUCGCGUGUAGCGGCAUCACGUGAAAGUAUUUCAUCAACUAUGCAAACAGACGCCCAAUCAUAUAAAAUAGAUAAUUCGUUAUUAUUGAAACUACCUGAAAAUACUAACAAACAACCAAUAACCAAUACCGUUGAAUUAGUUUCAAAAAGUGUAGAAGCAUUGCAAAGCAGUGAACUAACGCAUCACACAACUACAGCUAUUUUGGAUAUAACGCCUACUAAUACUAGCUCGGAAUUACAGAUAUUAGGUGGUGCCACAACAAUAUUCUAUGAAGAUGAUCCUUUUGCUAAUUUUGUGGAGCCUGUAGUUAGCGUAACCAAGGCUACAGAUAUUUUAAAUUUGACAGAUAUAAAGAUAACAGCACAACCAGAAUACGGAACUUCAACCUUAAGUAAUAUACAAACAACCACCGAGGAAUACGAAGAUAGUGUCGAAACAACUACAGUUGUUUCCAAAAUAUUAGCAAAUAUUACUUCGGAUGAAUAUGAAGUCGAAGAAAGUAGUAGUAGUAGUUCUAUUGAUACAUCUCAAAGCGUUUCAAAUGUAUCAGAGGUUCUUCAAAAUACUAAAAUAGAUGUGCAGGAAAUGAAUACCAACGACGAUAUUGUUGAAUUGAGAGAUUGCAUUAGAACAUCACAAACGUUUCUCACACAAAUAGCAAAAACAAUCACCCAACUAAACACUCUACGCGAGCCGGCCCUCGCAGGCGAAGAUGAAGCCAUACAAUAUUCGACAAUCGAAACUGUAUUACUGCCUACCUUCGACAUUUUAGAAACUACUAAAUUUUUUUGUAUCAAACCACAGACAGCAGUUGUAGGCGCGACAAGCUUUGCCAUCGGCGGUAUAAAAGAAAGAGCAAGCGAUUGGGUAAAGUUAGAGAAACCAGGAUUAGAUAAUAUUGACACGGCAACACUGGCCGAGAACAUAGAUGGUGUAGGUGAUGGUCUUGCCGACGAUGACACUGACUACAUUACCACAACAUCAGCUAAUAUAAAUCAGAGAGACUUUUUAGAGUAUACAACAACUGAUCCUGUAGAUAACGAUAAUAAUAAUGAAACUGAUGUCUAUAAUGAAAGUCAUAGCGACAUAAAUUUCAAUCAGUCAAUUUAUGUGGUGGAAGAUGAUUCUGGUGAAGAGAUUGAACUGAUAUAUAAAACAUUAUAUACGACAUAUACGUAUUUGACAACAUUUUUUAAUGAUGACAGCAGUACUAGUAUAUCGAGUCACACAGAAGUUUUUACGAAUAUUAUAACAUCAACUUUAGAGUCCGAUGUUGAUGAAAUCGAACCAAUUUCUACCACAAAAGAAAUAUUAAAUACAGAGAAUGCGCUUAAGCUUAGUACUCGUGAUUCAUCGAACAAUGGUAAUAAGGUUAGCAGCAGCAGUAAAUUUGUACUACCGACAGAAUUGGAGACUAUAUUGCGUGUUGGAGAGCAUGAUAUUGAUAUAGAUAAAACCGGAGAUGCAUCAGAUGCACAUACCGCAACCAUGUUUUUGGAUGAUAGUAAAAUAGUGAAAACUUACUUUACAACUUAUACAUACUAUACGACUAUAUUUGUGGAAGGAGAAACGGAAAUCAUGUCUAGGUCCGAGGUAUAUACAAAUUAUGUAACGGAUGCGGUAACAUCCACUACUGUAUUUGAGAUUGACAAACAAAGUCGUAUUAAUAGUGAUAACAUUGCAAGUAAUGCGGAGAUGUUGUCAAAAUUAAAUAAGGAUACUGGCGCUAAUAACAUUGAUACUGACACUAAACGACAAAGAAAUGAGAAUACACAAAAUAUGCUAAAUGACUAUCAACGAUUAAGUGACAGCAAAAUAAGAGCACAUGCAGCAAUACUUUUUAAUGACGACCACUUUGGCUUCAACAAUUAUACAUUGGUGACUGAUAUACGUUCGAGCAGUUCGAAUGGCAAAAAACAUAUUAUCAAUCAAAAUCAGGAAGCCUUCUUCGAUCAAAUCAGCUCCGAAAGCAAUACUGACGAAAUUAGACCUUCAGCCGUCCUAUUGUUGCAGACAAGCUUUACCACAUUUACGUACUAUACGACAAUGUAUAGCAAUAAUGCGACAAACGUUAUAAGUCGUCUAGAAACAGCAACCGAUGUCGUAACGGAAACGGUACAGCCGACUAAAACUUCAAGUGUAGAUGAAGUAACAUUACCCAUAACAUAUUUCACUACUUUCACAUACUGGACAAAACUGGCAAAAAAUGGUGAAAUCACUACACUUAGCAGAGAGGAAACCGUAUCAAAUAUAGUAACAUCUAGCACAAUAUCUUCAACACCCAUUCAGACAGCAGAUGUAUUGUUAAGUAACGGGAAUAUUUUCCAAGGCAAACAACCAAAGACAGAAAUAUCGAAUACCGAUCAGUUGGAUAAAAUUAUGACUGUGAAUUCUACAAAUAUUGUUCAUAAUAGCGUAAGAAACUCAAGUAUAGAUAACAAAAACAUCAGAGCGGUUUUUGAGCCAACAACUUACUAUACAACGUAUACAUAUUAUACAACAUCAUAUAAUGGAGAUAGGACCACAACUGACUCACGAUUCGAGACUCUAACACAUGUGGUUUCAUCAGCAAACAAUGCAGAUAAAACAAUUGAAGUAGCCGCAGGUGAACCUAAUAUUGUGAGGAGUGCUAAUUUAGUGACUGAUAUCUUAUCAUUAGCUGUAAGCAACGGUGUUACGCCCACACUUGAAAAAAGUCCUAAUACACUGCUCUAUGACUACAAAAGGAUUAUUGAUGCAGAUGGUGUAAGUACAUUGUAUUAUCGAACGGAAAUAUUAGCUACAACCGCUAUUGAUGGUAUGCCAUCGAAUUUCACUAGCAGCACAUCCAGUUUACACGUUGAUGAAUUGAAGCAAGCCCUGCUUCCAAGCAGUAUGAUAGCAAAUUCAGAUAUCAGUUCGGUACGUCAGUACAAAACGGGACUUGUGCGUUUAAUCGAGGGUACCCGUAUUGGUAAUCAGACAACUACAUUAUAUCAAUCCAAAGUUAUUGGUACUUUCAUUGAGAAUCGGUAUGCGCAAAUAAUUGAGAGUACAUCCAGUUUUAUUUUUGAGACAAAUAAUAAUAUGAUAGCCACUGAUGGGUCUAUUAAACCGUCUCUUACUUUACAAUCAACAGAUCAGAUAGAAGCCACAGUAAAUGUUGUUGCACUAACGUUACAAAACAGCAUUGUUGAUAAUGCUUCUAAUUCUACUGCGACCAACGAGUAUAGUAAAGAGGAUGAAGAGAAUUUCGAUGUUGACGCUGGUAAUGAAGAUGAUGAUGAGGAAGGUGCUGACGGUAAAAUUAAUAAAGAGCGAUUGUCCUAUCAGUCAAAGAAGCGUACAUUUACUCCAGUAAUCCGCCCAUUUACUUCACGCAAUCGUCCUCAAUUCGCGCCAAAAAAGAAAAACGGUGUUACGAGUAGUGCGACAAUUAUAACACGACAUGAUUUCACACCAACAAUAACUGCGACACCUGCACUUAAGUCUAGCGGGCGCUUUAGCACUCGUAAGGGUGUAUUUACAGGCAUAAUAACAACCACAGGUGCUUCCGCUGCUAUACCAAACAGUUCACCGCCGCGCCGCACUUUCGGGCGCCCGAUCAAAUCAUUAUCUUCCACUGGCAGUAUCAGUACAUCAAAUACACCAGUAAUUUUGUCUGCAAGCGGUUUUAGUGGGGGCCGAAACCGUCUGACAUCGUCGACACGAUUACAAUCAUCGACACGACGUGCCGGAGUUUUAGUGCGACCUACAUCUGUUUCAGGCAAUCGGCAAGGGUUUUCUAGCACUUAUGCUAGUAACUCUCGUGUACGUAUUAAAUCUACAAGCUUAACUCAGGCUGGUCAACAAAAUACCCCAUACACAGAGAGUUUACCUAUUUUGACAUCCGAGACGAGUGGUGAGGAGUCAACUACUCCAGAAUUUCAAGCGAGUUUUGAUGAAAAUGACGAAGGAUUUACAGAUGCAGCCCGCCGCAAUCAAAAUCCUUUGUUACGCCUUCGAAAACCGUUAAAUAGGGCGACUGGUUUUAUUUCAGCUAGUCAGCGUGUAGUAAACGGAGGGAGUAGCAUUUCUUCUAUUGGCGCUGUUUCACAACGUCGAAAUCCUUUAAUAUUACGAGCUAAAACGACGACUCUUACAAGUACUACAACAACGACGCAAACACCACGGGCACGAAGUAUAGCGAGACCUAAAGUCAACAAUGCACUAGGUAGAACGCGGCCACAAAAUAGACUUUUUCCACCACGUGGUCUGUUACAGAGACAAACAAAUCAAGAAACUAAUGAAGCCAAAGAAAAUAAAAAAGCUGACAGUACAGAAGGCAAUGUUGAUAUCGAUGAUGAUUCCGAGUAUGAUGACGAGGAUGAAGAAGACAAUGAAGAUGAUGUCGAAGGAGAUAAUAACCGUCGUAGGCGUUCUAAUAUUAAGCAACAUAAAUUAUCAACCGGAGUUGAAAAAUCCUCCAAAACUGAUAACUAUAAAAUAAAAUAUUUAUCUACAAGAUCGAAAUCGAUACGUGUACGUCGUGAAGCUGAAACUUCAUUACAAAGGCGAAGUAGUCUUCGAAAUAAAUUCAGGCGUCCAAAGUUAACGGUUUCAGCUACUACUGCCGAAGAUCAAAAUUAUAAUGAAGAUAUUGAGCCGGAAACGCCACCUUUCUUAACUACAGCGGUAACUCGUUCACGAACAAGUGGGCGUUUUGCACCACGCUAUGGCUUGCAACACGCCAGUACCCAAGCCGUUACAGCAUCGGCCACUACUACAAGUACAGGAAAUCACCAUGCUAUCAGACCAACACGCCCCUCUACUGGUCGAGCUCAAUUCACGCUACGUGAAAAAGAUACAACCACAACAACUCAAAAAGGUUUGACACGUCCAGGAACUAGCCACUUUCGACGUCCACAGACAGCAGCCUCAUCAAGACGUUCGUCUUCUCCAACGAUUAGCAAUAGGCGGAAAACAUACAACAACAAUAGCAAUUUGUCACAAGAUGCAGUUGCACGUAGCACGUCUUCACGUGCCCGUACCAACUUAAGUCGCACACGUACAACGGUGCGUGGACGCAGUCGUAACGAUUACAAUGUUGAUACUGUUGUACUACCAUAUGAUGGCACUAUUACUAUUACACAUGUUAUACCAGCCGAAGUAACUAUACCUGUCAUUAAUGGUAAAAUUACUGAAUAUAAAAAUGUUGUGACAGCUAAAACGAGCACGGAGAUUUUGUCUCCUCAGCAAUAUACCACUUUUCUGGGUAGUAAUGGACAAACUAUGUUGGCAUUGACCCGAGAAGAUUCAAGCGUGCAUUUCGGUGGAGUUACUGAGGUUACACAGUACGUACUUCAUGAGUCGCCGACGACAACCGUUAUCUUUACACCCACUACAAUACGUGGCCGCAAAACAUCCUUUUCACACGUAAUACCAUCAACAGUUUAUUCAGUGGAAAAUGUUAUUUCAACAACUCAGCCACAAAUUUCACCAAACGCGCCGUUGGCAAACAUAUUAUUAUCGCAGUUGCUGCUCGGAAAUAUAGGUUUACCACCGGCUAAUCCAUUACUUGGAGCAUUAGGGGCGGCAGCAACACCUGCACCUAUUCAGUUAGGUGUAGGUAGUUUAGUACCGCAAUUACCACCCAUACCGGUUACUGAAUAUCGCACGCAUACAUCUACAUAUGUUACAACAAUUUUCGAAGGUAUGUCUACCGUCUUACCCGUUACAUUCCAGGGCAAAAAGAUAUUGACUACGGUCUACGAUACAACUGCGCAAACAAUAACAGCUACUGAGUUUGUGACAGAUACUAUUGUUACAACACCGACACAACAAACGCAUUCCGCACCACAGGUCAAUAGCUUGCUGAUACAACAACUAUUAUUGCAGCAACAACUACAGCCACACAUUGAACAGCCACAGCUACCAAUACUACAUUCCACGGCACCGCAUCUACUAUUAAGUGAUAAUUUGCAAGAACUUGAUACGAACCAUAUACGACUUCCUAAAGAAAAUGAUAAUGACAUAGCAGCUAACGAGGAUUAUACGCAAAAUAAUAAAACUAGCCGAAAGAAAUCGCGAAAGUCCAGUAAAGGACAUAAGCGUAAACAUCAAUCAUUCCAAGAUGAAGUGCCAGAGCGUUCUAGUAUAAUAACAUUGUAUGUAUCCGGCCGCCGACCCGGUGAGUUUAGUACAAUUUUAAGUACCGUACCACUUGGCUCUGACUCCACAAUACACAAACGCCAGGCUCCUGGUGAUCUACAGCAAACUUCCAAAAUUUAUACAAUCGAUGAUUUUUACGCAUCUGAUGGCAGUGAAUAUGUGUCGACAUAUCUAAUACCGCAAUUGAAGGAUGAUAAGACGAAGAAACAGAUUGAAUUAAAUUUACUUGAAAGUGGUGAACAUCAUUUGAUGGACCAGCAAACGCAAUCGCUAGAGAGUUUUGUCGGCGAUGUGGAUACAUGGAUUGCGAAAAGUACGCACUCAUUUGAAAACGCAGUAACACUUGAAAAACAAUUAGUGCCCACUAUGCCGCUGCAAAGCAGUGACGCUCAAAUUACAGAGGGUAUUUAUCUUAAGCAAAGGUCGAAUGUGACCGGAUAUAAAAAGAUAAAAAUAAUUUUUUAAUGUAAUUGACUUUACUGAGUUGCCAUCCCCAUGCUACUUCAAGGUCAUUAAUAUUGUCAUUGUAGGCCCGAGAGCGUCGAUAAGUAUAUUUGAAAGUAUUGGUUUUGGAAAAUAUAAAGACAUUCACAUGUGCAACCUGAGAGGCAGCUGUAUUGAGGACGACAAAGAGGCGAAGGGGGGAAAGGGAGGGGGAAGGGAAUGAAACUGUAGAGAAUGACAAAGAAGAAAUUAAGGUUAAAAAACAGCAGGAAAACGAAAAUGGGUCACUCACAUACUUUGGGGAUAAUACCGAACACAAUAAUACUCAGCAAAAUCCUGUACAAAAAUAUUAUUAAAAACAAAAUCACAUUUCCUAGUGCAAAUAAUAAUAAGACGCAUAAUGAUGUAAUGGUGGACAGGAGCAAAAGGAGUGCAUCUCUUUUAAAGAAAUAUGGGCGUGUGCUACCACUACAAUACGAUAUGCGUUGAAAUUGUUAAACGAGUAUGAUAGUAGUAAAAAUAAUAUAACUUUGAAUAUUGUUAAUUUAAGCUGUAGAUGAAAGAAGGUAGUCGUACGGCGUAGAAAACUGCCAACACCGUCGUCGAGAAAAGUAAACAAUACAACAACCGACUAUAGUGCAACCACCUACUUGUGCAUCACGACUAAAAAUUUUUAUAAAUACAACAAAAACAGCAACAAUGGAAACAAUCACUGAUACCAGAGAACAACAUAAACAAAAGUAAUCAGCAAGCAUAUUCUGUGAGUGAUGGAAGCAUGGCAAACAUUUUGUAUGUUACGCUGCCAAAUAUAAUUUAUAAUUUUAAUAUAUACUCAUCAGUUAUUGUAUAUUGUGUAUAAAGACAAAUUUAAUAACAUUUCCGGCCCUGACAAAACUCCUAACCAUCCUAUCUUUCUAAGCAGUGAUAUGAAAACUUCUCCAUUCCAAAACCCUGGACGUAUUAUUAUCAAGUGUAUAACCUCGUCACUUCUCCAAAUAAAAUAUAGAGAGUAUUACAAAAUCUGUAACAUUUUAUAAAAAGUCGCAGAAAUCUGAAGAAACAACUUCAAGGAACUUGGAAGAGCUCGCAGCUCCGGGCAGAAGUAAAAAGAGGCGCAUGCCAAAAUAAUACGCAGGCAAAAUCAAUAUUUUCACAGCAAUCAGAUAUGCUAAUACAAACUGUAGUGUCAAGAAUUUUUAAUGAGGCAAGUCUGAUUUCAACAACGCUGAGUUCAAAUCAAGAAAGCGGCGGUAGAAAAUUUGCCUAAAACAUGCUGCAUAUGGGAUAUAACACGAAUCAACUUAGUUUAUGAAAUCGCUACAAGAACACUAAAUGAAUGAUUGUAUAUACAUAUUUGUAUUUACAUAUCGAUAUUUCAAGGUGGAUGAAAAUACUGAGGGGCAUAGCCUCUGCAAAAACAAUACCAAUGGUUAUACAAGUAUUUUGUUCAGUGGGACCUCUUCAUUGAAAUAUCGAUUGACCCGGUAUGUCGGAUUAGCACCAAAGUACCUUUUCCCUCAGCAACUACUUAGGCUUCAUACGAAUGGGUAGAGAUGGUUAAGUCAUCUUGUCAUUUUCAUAUAUUCAAUAUUCAAGCAGCCUUUCAAUUGACGUAGUAUAUGUCUUGUAUCAUAGAGAUUGUUCCAUUGAUUACGUACUUGCGGUCUCCAUUUUUUGUAAAAACAGCAUAUACACAAUCAUAACAGCAAAAGCACUGAGUUUAACCUUCACGUUUACACCUGGCAAUGAACUGUCUUAACAUCCAUCAUAUGUAAUUCUGACUUUGCUUUAUUUUGUUUUCUAUUGAAGGGAACUGUCAUAACAUUUCAUUUUCAUCAUAAUACCAUACUCAGUUUGACAACAAAUGAAAUAUAAUACUAAACAAUUUAAAUAUAAAUUUUAAACAAAUGUCGAAUUUGUUUACCAAAACGAACAGGAACGAAUUUUUUUAUAAUAAAUUGACAUAUGUAUGAACAUGCAUAUAAUAAGGCAACGCAAAGCUCAUGCCAUUUUAACAUUCAUGCGUAAUGAAAUUUCUUUUGCAAGAGGAUGAAUGUAAGGAAAUUAACUUGUAAAUGAAUUAGAUGAUGUGGUGACAUCUUCCUAACAGUUACGAACACACGUUUUUCGCUAACUUUAAGAACCUUAUUCAAGAUAUUCUGGAUAUUUUAGAAUCUACGCUACAGUUCUGUUUAUAAUGUUUUAUUCAUACUUUGCAAAAUAAUUCUAUAGUACGAGUAAUUCUGUUUCAGUUCAAAAGCCUAUAUGCUAUUUUUUGCAAAUUUUAUCAAUUUAAAUAUGGCCUUAGUAAUCAAUAUGACCUCUCUUGGCAUGGACCUAAUUAAUUUUCUAAUAAAGACACAUCAAUAUUUGCCCAUUCCUUUUUGCUUGCUUUCUUCAAUUUCAAUACAGUUUGGACCUAUCGGUAUACACUUUCUUGGAUAAAAUACCCCAUAGAUUUUCGAUGGGUCUUGUUUCAAUUUAUCAAUGUUUUUUGCUUUCCCAUCAUCUUCGAGUAGUCGCAAAUUAUGAAAUUGUGCGUUAUCAUUGUCGGAAAGUCGUUUCUACCCAAAAUUGGUCACCAAACUUCACUAGCACGUUAUUCAGAUAUGUAUAUUUCUGAGUUCAUUUUGUGUAACCCAAAACAAUCUGGAGUCUUUCCAUGAUGUCCAUAGCGCAUCACAAGUGAUCCUCCCUUAAAGUUUCUAGUUUAUCGGGUUUUUUUCUCACGACGAAUAUUCUGAUAAUAAUACUGAAAACUGUUGGGUGUAUCUAAAUUAAACUUUUUCUCUUCACUAAAUAUGACAGAUUUCAAAUUCGGUGUCCUUACUUUGCCGCAAACUAAAGCCAACUUACAUCUCACGUCUAGGUUUAGCACUUUUCUUUUCAUAUCGAAUGGUGUCGUCUGCUUUGAGGAUUGAGUAGACGCGUGAAUGAAAAGACAACUGACACCGAUUUAGCGAGAGGAUUAUGUUCUCAUUAAUAACCGAACGACUGAUUUUUCGAACUUCUCUUUCCUUUUAUUAGAGGUGGUCGGCCUGUUCGAGGAGUUUUAACAUAAUUCUUGAGAUCCUUUGGAAAAUUUUCGAUCGUGUUCUUAUUCAUUUUCAUCCUUAUUGCAAUAUUUCAUAUGGAAAUUCAACAUACUACUAUUGCAUUGAAACAUUGUACCAUAUAAUUAUUUCGCGCAAUGUAUUUAGAUUUGAGCACAUACCAAUGGCAGCGAGUAUGCCAAAUUACUGAGAUUGAAAUAAUUCAACUACAAUUUUUAAAAUCAUAAGCUAAUCAAAUAAUUUCCUUAACUUAUUAGCAUAAGAAUUAUAUUAACUCUGAUUUCAUUUAAUUUAAAAAACUAGUUAUCAAAGUGGUGAUAACAACAAAAAUGCUAUUAACGCGCUUUCGGACACAGUAAAGGCAACGCUAAUGCAAAUCGAGAAGGUUGUGGUUCGAAAAAAUUUAUUUUUUCCCUACCUCACUGAAAAUAAUUUAAAACAAUUAAUUUUUCAUCCAUUAAUUCAAUAUUAUCAUGGAUUCAAUUUUGCAAAAAUAUUUAGUUUGCGACAUUAACUUACAAUGCCUAUUUUUAGUCUGAAGGGAUCGUGAAAACAUGCUUGUCAUUUGAUUCCUUAUUUAUGUUAGUAAAAAUUUUGGUCUACGAUUUCGUAUCAGAAACACAAAAUAGCUAUAGAAAAUCGAAAUAUUUAAAAAAUAGCAAUCAACUUUGUCUUGGAAACUUUAUAUAAGUAGUAAAAAAUUAAAUGUAUACAUGUAUAUGUUAUUACCAAAUGUUAUUUGACCAAAAUAUAAGCAUAUGCGUCUAUCAAAUUACUACUAUUAAACUUCUAUUAACUAAUUUAAUUUAAUUUUGUUAUAUAACGUUUUAUCCAUGAUUUCCUUAUCUAUUUCUACAUUCUUCUGUUUACCAAAAAUAUUUGAAAUAUACCAUAGAUAUUUUAACAGAAAAA